GCACGCCUUCAGUUUGUGAAGUCCCGGAUGUAAGCCCGCACGGUUGUUGCAGGUCGAAAGUUAAGACAUUUCACGCCGACUGGCUGCAGUGACUUUGCGCUUUGUAGAGUGAUGCUGAGAAGGGUUUGCAGGUCUCUGUUGGCCAGUCACAUCGCUGGACGAAGGAUGAUGUCACACCAAAAUCUUACUGGAAAGGUUGCCAUAGUGACUGCAUCCACAGAUGGUAUUGGUCUGGCUGCAGCACAAGCACUAGGGCAUAGAGGGGCUCAUGUUGUGGUGAGCAGCCGGCGGAAGGAGAAUGUAGAAAAGGCCAUAGCACUGCUACAGAGCGAGAAGAUACAGGUGACCGGAACUACUUGCAAUGUGGGGAAGAGUGAAGACAGGGAAAGACUGGUGAAACUGACUGUAGAACAGUGUGGCGGGGUGGAUAUCUUCAUCUCCAAUGCUGCAGUGAAUCCUUUUUUUGGGAACAUGAUGGACUCCAAUGAAGAAGUCUGGGAUAAGAUCUUGGAUGUGAAUGUGAAAGCAGCCUUCCUGCUGACCAAACUGGUCGUGCCACAUAUGGAGAAGAGAGGGGGCGGGUCAGUCGUGUUUGUGUCGUCGGUUGCCGGAUACCAGCCAAUGCAGGGUCUGGGGCCAUACAGUGUGAGUAAAACAGCUCUGCUGGGUCUGACCCGAGCUCUGGCUCCAGAACUCGCGCACAGCAACAUCCGGGUCAACUGUGUGGCCCCUGGAGUCAUCAAGACCCGCUUCAGUUCAGUGCUCUGGCAGAAUGAAGACGUUGUGGAGGAGUUCAAGAAGCAGCUGUGCAUUAAAAGGUUGGGGCAGCCGCAGGAGGUGGGCGGAGUCAUCGCCUUCCUGUGCUCCGAGGAGGCCUCCUACAUCACCGGGGAAACCAUCACUGUGACAGGAGGGAUGGGCUGCCGGCUCUGAGAGAUGGAGGGAAGGGGGGGGAAGAGAAGCCAGUAGUUUGCCGGCAACUUAACAGGGUAAUGUUCCAUGUGAAAGGGCCAUUUGUGUGUGUGUGUGUAAAGCCGCGUUUCCACCGCAGGAACUAUACCCCGGAAC